GUUUGUUUUCUUUAGGUGUGUGGAGAAGACACGAUGGAACCAGGCAACCUCACGUGGGUAUCAGAAUUUGUCCUCCUGGGGCUCUCACAGACUCGGGAGCUCCAGCUUUUCUUGUUUCUGGUGUUCCUGUUUGUCUACACCACCACUGUCAUGGGAAAUCUCCUUAUCAUGGUCACGGUGACCUCUGAUUCCCGGCUCCACACACCCAUGUAUUUUCUUCUCCGAAAUCUGGCUGCCAUAGACCUGUGUUUCUCUUCAGUCACUGCCCCAAAGAUGCUGGUGGACUUCAUCCUGAUGAUGCUCAGGUCCCACUCAGGCCAGGCGAGGAGGAAGGCAGCUUCCACCUGCACCACCCACAUCAUCGUCGUGUCUAUGAUCUUCGUUCCCUGUAUCUAUGUCUACUCCCGGCCCUUCACUCCCUUCCCCAUGGACAAGGCUGUGUCCAUCAGCUACACGGUCUUGACCCCCAUGCUCAACCCCAUGAUCUACACCCUGAGGAACCAGGAGGUGCAGGCAGCCAUGAAGAGAUUAAGCAAGCGCCUAGUGAUUUGCAGCAGGAAGUGA